AUGGGGUUCCCCCAGAGGCAGCCUGGCCUAUUGCGGCUGCUCCUCCUCGCGGGGGCACUGGUCUGGCCCCUGCCUUGUAUGAGCCUGGAGCUGAUCCCCUACACGCCACAGAUAACAGCCUGGGACCUAGAAGGAAAGGUCACAGCCACCACGUUCUCCCUGGAGCAGCCUCGCUGUGUCCUGGACGGGCUUGCCGGCGUUGCCAGCACCAUCUGGCUGGUGGUGGCCUUCAGCAACGCCUCCAGGGACUUCCAGAACCCACAGACACGAGCUGAGAUCCCAGCCUUCCCACGGCUGCUGACGGAGGGGCACUAUAUGACACUGCCCCUGUCCCUGGACCAGCUGCCCUGUCAGGACCCCGCGGGCGGCGGCAGGGACGUCCCCUUGCUGCGGGUGGGCAAUGACCCCGGCUGCCGUGCUGACCUCCUCCAGCCGCCCCACUGCAACAGCCCGCUCCCCAGCCCCGGACCUUACAGGGUGAAGUUCCUCCUGAUGGACGCCAGGGGCUCACCCCAGGCCGAGACCAGGUGGUCCGACCCCAUCGCUCUUCACCAAGGGAAGUCGCCAGCCUCCAUCGACACGUGGCCAGGGCGACGCAGUGGUGGUAUGAUCGUCAUCACCUCUAUUCUCUCCUCCCUGGCCGGCCUCCUGCUCCUGGCCUUCCUGGCAGCAUCCACCGCACGCUUCUCCAGCCUGUGGUGGCCGGAGGAGGCCCCGGAGCAGCUGAGAAUUGGCUCCUUCAUGGGGAAGCGCUACAUGACCCACCACAUCCCACCCAGCGAAGCCGCCACCCUGCCCGUGGGCUGUGAGCCUGGCCUGGACCCCCUCCCCAGCCUCAGCCCCUAGCCUGGCCCUUCUGGCUGGGGCGCGGCUGCGGCCAUUGUGGGGGGC